CACCACCAAUCGCCACACAAAACCCUUUCUCCUCCAAUUUCGUUGCUCACAAAGAAAGAAGAUAAAUCUCAAAAUUUUCCCAGAAAAAAUGCUUCUCAAAGCUGCUUCUACCUUUUCUCUCUUGAACAUUCAUGGAGAGAAGAGAGACAUCUCUCCUCUCUUCUCGAUUUCGUCUCCGAUUUCUUCUGGAAAAUCCGGGAAUCUCUCGUUCGCUCUUCGUGCUUCCGAGAGUUCAAGCACGUUGAGCGGCGUUGUGUUCGAGCCUUUCGAAGAGGUUAAGAAGGAGAUGGAUCUAGUUCCAUCUGGUCAACAGCUUUCUCUUGCUCGUCAUUUGUACUCCCCUGAGUGCGAAGCCGCCGUCAAUGAGCAGAUCAAUGUUGAAUACAAUGUGUCCUAUGUGUAUCACGCUUUGUAUGCGUAUUUCGAUCGUGACAACGUUGCCCUCAAGGGUCUCGCCAAGUUUUUCAAGGAAUCCAGUGUGGAAGAACGCGAGCACGCUGAGCUGUUGAUGGAGUAUCAGAACAAACGUGGUGGGAGAGUCAAGUUACAGCCCAUGGUGCUGCCUCAGUCUGAGUUUGAUCAUCCUGAGAAAGGAGAUGCUCUCUUUGCCAUGGAGUUGGCUCUAUCAUUGGAGAAACUAGUCAAUGAAAAGCUCCUAAACCUGCACAGUGUGGCUUCGAAGAACGAUGAUGUCCAGUUGGCAGAUUUUAUUGAGAGUGUGUUUCUGAAUGAACAGGUGGAAGCGAUUAAGAAAAUCUCAGAAUAUGUUUCUCAACUUAGAAGACUCGGCAAAGGACAUGGAACAUGGCAUUUCGAUCAGGAGCUUCUUGGUGCUGCUGCUUAAUCGAGUUUUAGCUGUAAUCUCGCAGUUUGGUUAACUUUCGAGUUAUUUUGAGUAUGAGAUGUAACUUUUGAGGUAGACUUGAUUAAUAUCGUUUCCGUUGUGAGAGAAAACAAGCUAUUAUUAUGUUCCUUGAGCUUAACUUUUUUUGUUGGUUUUUAAGUAUUAUGGUUUUGUCCAUUUCGUAAUAUCAGUUUCCUUUAGAACAUUUCAAAUCAGCCGUGGUUUUGGGUAUAAUGUAAUGGGCAUUGAUAUUCUAUCA